AGCUCGGACGAUGACGACUCCAGCAGUCUGUCCGACGUCAUCCGCAGACACGCACUCGAAUUCUUCCUCCGACACGGCGGCGAGCGCGACAGCUGGGGCGAAAGCCAGCAGAAGAGCGUGCGGAAGGAGAUGCGGAAGCGGUGGCAGCAGAGCGACUGGGGGCGAGCGCGCAGACAGCAGAUGCAGGUGGGUAACUCGAAGAAGUGGAUAGGCAGCUCCUUUGAUAUUGGCGUGUUCCUGGGCGUGGACAUCAUGGACGAGAGGCUCCCGUCCCCGCCUUCGCAAGCCGACGCGUCAGGUGCUUCGGCGUCCGCGCCCCCAGCCCCCGCAUUUAGCAUCUACCCAACUACGUCUGCAGCAGAAACGUUUGUGACGGCCCCGUCUCACACCGAGGAUGGCCCCACCGGGUCACCCUCCUUGUCCCAUAAAGCUUCCCACGAACGAGAUUCGUCGAAAGUGAGCAUGGAUUCUACGGCGGCUCUGGUCCCGUCUUCCAGCUACCUGACCCCCGACACGUCUACUACUUACUUUGCCCAGGCGGAGCAGAGUAGUGGCUUGGCUGGACUCCCAGCACAGACACAAGCGAAUAGGACCCCUCGCUCGCCCUCCAUCCUUGCCCCCGACGUGGGCAAGGGAAAGGCGAAAGAGAAAGGGAAGGAUGUGCACGUGCAUUAUGAAGAGAUACCUGCGCCACCCUCUGAAGUCCUUGCGCGCACGGGGAGUGCUGUGAAUGUGACAAGCGCAGGCGCUGUAGAACAGACUACCAUCGAGGCGCGCACGAAUUGGGGAAAUAUUAUCAUGCGGGACCGCAUGUUAGUCAGGGUAUCUUAUACGGAGCAUAGCGUCCCAGCGACCUUCGACGAAAGACAAAACCGGGUCACGAGGCAACUCGAGAAUGAAGGCUGGGUUGAAUAUAUGGUGGCGUGGCGGAAAGAUCGGCUAGAGUUAUAUACAGAUCAUCAUACGUUCGGAAAGGCAUGGUUCACUGACUCAAAACGAUUGGCCUACGUUGCCCCCCUCGGUUCUUCAUCUACUAGCCUGUCGCUCUACUCCUACGUUGACAUGUCCUUCUGCAUAACCUGUCCUCCGACGCCUUUGGUCCCGGACUCAAAGCGGGUCAGAUACCUCCACGCCGGAAGAGGCACUCACAUCUUCGUAUUCAAGCCAAAGUCUCGUUCACGCGCAGUCGACUGGAUUUGGCAUCUCUGGCGGCAGAAGGGCGGUCAACUACCCCCAUUCAUCGAAGUCCGCAGUCCCGCAUUGGAUACGCGUAUGAGAGUUGACGUCCCCGGCUUUGACACCGCCGACCUCGACGCUGCAUACAAUGUCUUCCAGAAAGACAACGUCAUACGCCUCUGUCAGAAGUAUCUCCGCAUUGCGCCCGAGUACCGGGCCCUGUUGGAGCGCGGACUCGCGGAGGGUGCGACCUUCGAGCUCGCGUGGCGGCUCAACACCGAUCUCGAUUGGGUAUGGCAGGAGAUCGACGUACGGGGGAAAGCACGGCGGUGGGCCGUGCUCUCGGGUCUCGCCCUCAAGCAGGGAGAGCAGCCCGCGCAUCUCGAGUUCCGCCUCAAGCAGCACUACCCGACCCGGCUGCACAUGAAGGAUGGGACACGUUUGGACGAGCCUGUGGCGAUCGAGGGAUAUCUCGACCGCAUCCGACCGAAUUCGCAGUUGAAGCAGUCCCUGUACCUCGUCACGCACGAUGGGUAUCUCUUCUCCCUCACACCUGCGCAUGCACAUCCCCCUCAGCCUCCUGGGGCUCCAGGGAUGCCAUCGUCUACGCCAGAGGGCACGCUGUAUUCGCUCAGCUCUCCCGGUUCGGUGGACACACGCCGGAAAGCGGAUGUACGCCGCGGAAGGCUGCAGAUCCUGGAGGCGACGGGUGCAUUCGAUCUGCGGAGCAUCGUCGCCGUGCGGCGCGCAUUCCAGAUGGUUCCUCAGGCCAGGGAGCAGGGGACUGUGCCUCAGAAUACGGACUGGGAAGACACCGAGGUGUUUUGGGAGCAGGUCGAUCGGAGCGAGAGCGAUGACGAAGACGAUGGUGGGGAAUCAGGCGUGUCGAAGUCUAAAGACAAGUCUCGCUUGCGGAUGCGACGAUCGUUCGAGCUUGUGCUUGUGUCAGGACGGGUCCUGCGAUUCGAGGCGUACUCAUGUGCAACCGCACUAGAAUGGAUCGUGCGUCUCCGACAGCUGGUGUCCUACUGGAAGAAGCGCCACCAGGUGGAUGCGCGGUUGGAGAUGAACAUUGCGCACGUCAGUACGGGCCGCGAGCGCAUUACGCCGCAGCGGCCGCGUGAGGACCACCCACACUCCGCCGGGCACGACACGCCGCCUGAGCCGCUACCAAACCAUGAGGCGGCCCUCCCGGAACUAACGUUCUUCUACAACUGGUGCGUCCUGGACGGCUGCCGCGCGAUCUUGAAGUGCGGGCGGCUGCACGGGCGGAAGGGAUGGUGGGGCCAGUACAAACACAUUCAACUCGUGCUACUAUCCGGCCACCUCGUGCAGUUCGAGAUCUCCCACAAGAGCUCCUUGCACCACCGCAGGGACAAGGUUAUCAACCUCCUCGACGCAUACGUGUGCUCUGGGUACUUCGCCGCGCAGUACCUACCGGAGGGCCAGUACGACGCGAACAAGCCCCCGGUCGCGCGGCGAUACCAAGAUGGGCUGGAGACGGAUGAUGUGGAAGAGGACACGCUGUUCAUCGUCUGGUACCGGAACGUCCGCGGGCAAGCGGAGGGGGUCCGGAGGAACAAUGCCGCGGCAGACGUCCCUCCGCUGAAGACGAAGAGGAAGGCGGGGGUAUUCCGGACGAGGAGCAAGCUGGAGCGGGAUGCGUGGGUUUGGGCGAUCAAUGUGGAGAUUGAGAAGGUCGCGCGGGCGUCGAGGGAGAGAGAGGAGGCGGUCAGGCAGGCGGGCCGGCUGCUCAAUGGCUAAGGCAGAUACCCGUGGGGUUCUUUUGCCUGCUUCUUCAUAACGGAUCUAGUUGCUCCUUGCAUUCUCGGACUAGUCGCUUUCUCGGAUUUGGAGCGUUCGUUGUUGCUUCAUGACUUUACCUCGCUUCAUAUACCCGCAAU